UAACUCCCAAAACAUUUCAGUAUUCCACUAUACCCAGAAACUGAACUAUCUGCAAUUCGUCAUCACCAAUUCACCAAUUCUCGCUACCAGAAACAUGGAAGCUUGUACGAGGUUGAUCGUCGGAUAUACUUCCUCAUCUCUAUCAGCUUGCUCAAUUUCAACCGUAAAUCUGUGUAGGGUAAUCAGAGAAAUGGGUUCCAAUGAGGCAUGCGAUUUAGAAAAUGGGAUCGUCAAUGACUCAAGCAACGAGCCUAAACCUAUCAAGACGGCACAUAGUUUGUCAUCUUCAUUGCUUAGGAAAAAGUCUGAUGUGGUCCUGGGGUUGAACAUCAGGUCUUCGUUGGCUAGGAGGAUUCUGAGAAAUCUUCAAGAGGUUAUCUUUGGAACCAGGAUUUGUAUUCUCUUUUUGGCCAUCCCCUUGUCUAUUGUGGCUAAAUAUCAAAAUUUCGGAAGACCCUGGGUCUUCGCUUUGAGUUUAAUCGGGCUUGCCCCUUUAGCGGAGAGAGUUAGCUUUCUUACCGAGCAAAUUGCAUACUAUACUGGCCCAACAGUUGGUGGGCUUCUAAAUGCAACUUGUGGGAAUGCAACAGAACUCAUAAUAGCUAUAUUCGCUCUCUGCCAAGGGAAGAUAGCCGUGCUGAAGUAUUCCCUUCUGGGAUCAGUUCUUUCUAACCUUCUUCUAGUUCUCGGUUCUUCUCUAUUUUGUGGUGGCUUGGCCAACCUUAGCAAGGAGCAAAAAUUUGACAGGAGUCAAGCUGAUGUGAAUAUACUUCUUCUCUUGCUUGGAGUUUUUUGUCAUUCGCUGCCAUUAUUUUCCCAAUAUACCGUGGAGACUGCAGGGAGGACAUCCUCUGCUAGCUCCGUACUCUUGCUAUCAAGAGUGAGCAGCAUUGUCCUGCUCGUGGCUUAUAUUGCAUAUAUGUUCUUUCAACUGAAGACCCACCAACAAUUGUUUGAUUCCGGAGAGGAACCUGAUGAAAAUGGUGAAGAUGAACAUGCAGUGAUUGGAUUUUGGAGUGCAUUUAGCUGGUUGGUAGGCAUGACAGCAGUGAUAGCUUUGCUCUCGGAAUAUGUUGUUGGCACAAUUGAGGCUGCUUCCAUUUCUUGGGGAAUCCCCAUUAGUUUUCUGAGCAUAAUUUUGCUUCCUAUAGUUGGAAAUGCGGCAGAACAUGCGGGUUCAAUUAUAUUUGCUUACAAGAACAAGCUGGACAUAUCUCUGGGUGUCGCCUUGGGAUCUGCCACUCAAAUUUCAAUAUUUUUGGUUCCCUUGUGUGUAAUUGUCGCAUGGAUAAUGCAUAUCAAGAUGGAUCUCAGCCUUAGCAUCCUGGAAACCGGUUCUUUGGCAGUUUCCGUACUCAUUGUAGCCUUUACUUUGCAGGACGGAUCAUCACAUUACAUGAAAGGGGGUGUUCUUCUCUUUGUCUACAUGGUUAUUGCCACAAGCUUUUUGGUCCUUCCGUCUCAAACCGAUCAAGCAAAUCUCAUUGGAUCUCGACUUGAAUCACCAGUUGGAUAUUCUGCUGCCUGAAUUGUCAACUCUCAUGCCUCAAAAAUAAAGAUAAUCCUUGUAAAUUUUUUAAUUCAUGUGGAGGAGAAAUCGAAUCGGAGAAAUCUUUGUGUAGAUAUUCAUGUGUGCCAACUAAAUAUGAGUUGCAAGAUUUUGUGAUCUAUCUGAUGAUAAAACUGUGAUUCUGCUGGUAUAUGUUGAAUGGUAUCAAAUAAGUAUUGAUUCUGUGAGUAUAUAUAUUGGUUAUUGAAGAAGUCUUUUAAGCC